UCCCCCAACAGGAAGCAGUCUGCCCCGUUCCGUUAACUUUCCGUCCGGACUGCCAGACUCUGAUCCGGAUCAUGGACCAGCUGCUGCCGGCUGUCGGUCUCCAGCUGUGAGCGUCAGAGAGCCGCGGAGCUGCAGCAUGCUGCUGCCGGGGAACGAGUCCUCCUGCUGGGCGGACCUGCUGCGGUCCAACCGCUCGGUGCCCGGAGGUCCUGAGCCCGGAGGUCCGGAGCCCGGAGGUCCGGAGCCUGAGGCGGUGGGGGGCCCCGGGCCUGAGGCGGUGGUGGUGCCGGCGGUGUUCGGGCUGAUCUUCGUGGUGGGGGUGGUGGGGAACUGCCUGGUGAUGGUGGUGAUCGGGAAGGUGAGACACCUGGGCGCGGGGGGAGGCGGCGGCAGGCGCGUGCUCAGCCCCACUAACGUGUUCGUGCUGAACCUGAGCGUGGCCGACCUGUCCUUCCUGCUGUGCUGCGUCCCGCUGCACGCCACCGUCUACUCACUGCCCGAGUGGCUGUUCGGAAGCUUCCUCUGCUGGUUCGGACACUUCUUCUCCUCCGUCACCAUGCUGGUCAGCAUCUUCACGCUCGUCGCCAUGUCCGUGGACCGGUACGUGGCCGUGGUGCGCUCCAACAAGUCCGCGUGCGUCCGCAGCCGCAGGAACGCGCUGUCGGGUCUGUGCGCCAUCUGGACUCUGUCCCUGCUGUGUUCGGUCCCGGUGGCCCAGCACCAGGUCCUCACCAGCCACCCCACCGCCCCCAACAGCACCUUCUGCUGGGAGAACUGGGCCGGAGCGUCUCGACGCGCCUACCGGGUAACGGUGCUACUGCUGGGCUUCCUGCUGCCGCUGCUGCUAAUCAGCUGCUGCUACUUCAGGGUUUUAUUUCAUCUCCAUAAAAAGAUGAAGAACAUGUCCAAGAAGUCUGAGCGCUCCAAAAGAAAGGUGAUGAUGCAUUCACUGACAGGUGAUGACGGCCCAGAUGGUCCUCCUGGUGGUCACCGCCUUCGCUGUCUGCUGGAUGCCGCAUCACAUCAUCGUCAUGUGGGUGGAGUUCGGUUCCUUCCCGCUGACCGACGCCUCCUUCGCCUUCCGCAUCGUGUCCCACUGUCUGUCCUACGGGAACUCCUGCGUCAACCCCGUCCUCUACGCCUUCCUGUCCGAGAACUUCCGGAAGGCCUGUUGCCAGGUGUUCACCUGUUACCUGAGCUCGCAACCGCCGCCGCCCAGUGGGAAGGUGGUCCGGUUCCACCUGGACACAUUCUCCAGCACACACUCCACCACCAACAUCUGAACAGGUGGUCACAUGACUACAGGUCAGCCUGUGAUUGGCUGCUGCUUCACCUGUAAAACUACAGAAAGUGUGCUUAAAGUCGGUCCUUCUAAAGGUUCAGAGAAGAUCAGCUGCUGUGGAAUCAGGUUCUGUUCCUUUUAAAACCAAAUAUGUUUUGGUUUAAUAAAUAAACGGUUUACUUUGCUGAAGAAGCCGGAGAACAGAUGGUGAUUACAUUUAAUAACAGUUUUAUUCAUGUAGCAUCAAUCAUAUCACAGAGGAAUCAGCAUGGUGAGAUGAAGUCCUUCAAACUCUGAACAGAAGUCGGUGACAAGAAGAACCAAACAACAGAUUGGUUGAAUCUUUACUUUUGUCACAUUUUCAUGAAUUCAAAUAUUCAGUCACACUUUCAUACCAACAUUAGACCAAAAAUAAUCCAUGAAAGAACCAAAACACCUGACUGUUUAUUGUUUCAGAGGUUCCAUCAAAGAAUGUUCAGAGCUUUAGGAGACUGAUGAUCAACAUGGACUUUACUGAACGUGGAAAAGAAUGAAGAUGAUUUGAUCAGAAAUAAACCAGACAGUCACUGUUGGUGUUAAAAGACUUUUCAAGAAACAAACAUUUAUCAAACAGUCAUCAGUGUUUUCUUCAACCCACAAAUAAUAACGAACUGACCCUUUUAUCAGCCCCAGGUCCAGAGAUGCUCUCUAACCUCUGAUUGGAGGUCCAAAGAUGAUCUCUAACCUCUGAUUGGAGGUCAAGAGAUGAUCUCUAACCUCUGAUUGGAGGUCCAGAGAUGAUCUCUAACCUCUGAUUCCAGGUCCAAAGAUGAUCUCUAACCUCUGAUUGGAGGUCCAAAGAUGAUCUCUAACCUCUGAUUGGAGGUCAAGAGAUGAUCUCUAACCUCUGAUUGGAGGUCAAGAGAUGAUCUCUAACCUCUGAUUCCAGGUCCAAAGAUGAUCUCUAACCUCUGAUUGGAGGUCCAAAGAUGAUCUCUAACCUCUGAUUGGAGGUCAAGAGAUGAUCUCUAACCUCUGAUUGGAGGUCAAGAGAUGAUCUCUAACCUCUGAUUCCAGGUCCAAAGAUGAUCUCUAACCUCUGAUUGGAGGUCAAGAGAUGAUCUCUAACCUCUGAUUGGAGGUCAAGAGAUGAUCUCUAACCUCUGAUUGGAGGUCCAGAGAUGAUCUCUAACCUCUGAUUCCAGGUCCAGACAUGACCUCUAACCUCUGAUUGGAGGUCCAGAAAUGAUCUCUAACCUCUGAUUCCAGGUCCAGAGAUGAUCUCUAACCUCUGAUUGGAGGUCCAGAGAUGAUCUCUAACCUCUGAUUCUAGGUCCAGAGAUGAUCUCUGACUUCUGAUUGGAGGUCCAGAGAUGAUCUCUGACCACUGGUUUCAGGUCCAGAGAUGAUCUCUAACCUCUGAUUCCAGGUCCAGAGAUGAUCUCUAACCUCUGAUUCCAGGUCCAGAGAUGAUCUCUGACCUCUGAUUCCAGGUCCAGAGAUGAUCUCUAACCUCUGAUUCCAGGUCCAGAGAUGAUCUCUGACUUCUGAUUGGAGGUCCAGAGAUGAUCUCUGACCACUGGUUUCAGGUCCAGAGAUGAUCUCUAACCUCUGAUUCCAGGUCCAGAGAUGAUCUCUGACCUCUGAUUCCAGGUCCAGAGAUGAUCUCUAACCUCUGAUUCCAGGUCCAGAGAUGAUCUCUGCUUCUGAUUGGAGGUCCAGAGAUGAUCUCUGACCACUGGUUUCAGGUCCAGAGAUGAUCUCUAACCUCUGAUUCCAGGUCCAGAGAUGAUCUCUAACCUCUGACUGGAGGUCCAGAGAUGAUCUCUAACCUCUGAUUCCAGAUCCAGAGAUGAUCUCUAACCUCUGAUUCCAGGUCCAGAGAUGAUCUCUGACCACUGGUUCCAGGUUCAUGUUCUUCAGUCCUGACUGAAGGUUUCUUUCUUCUGUCUGUGAUCAGUAGUUCUGAUGUCUGAACCUGAAUAUUUGUAGAACAUUCCAUAUUCUUCUGUUCUGAUGUUAAAUGGUGAUAGAUGAACCUCUCAGGUGUGUUCAGACUCCAGAUGUUUAGUCCUUGGUUCUUUAGAGGUUAAAUAAAUGUUGUGUUGGUUUCUGUGAGUAAACUGAGAUGAAGGAGCUCUUUAAACCGGCAGAGUGUUUGUUCAGAUAAAUGUGUUUAAUAAACUGAUCUGAGAACA